UGUCUAGUUUUAUUAGCUACCGAAAACAAGAAAAGGGAGUUGUUCGGGUUACCUAUCGAUUAACGUUCCUUCGUGAUUGGUCAACAGACACGAAAAACGGUAGAAACCGUAACAAAGAAGUGUUAGAAAGCGGUGCUGUAUCAAUUUUUUUUUUUUAUGUACUUGGAAAAGUCGAACGGAGGGUCAAGGACGAUCAAAAAACCGGUAAGAAUCGAAUGAAACUAGUAAAAUAUCCGAAGAACGAAGGAGGCAAGAAAAAAAAAAGUUGGCGGCAACGAUUGGCGUUUUUAAUUCAUUUUAGGCGGUACCUUUCCAACACGUCCCAACCUCCAGCCCGAGGAUAUACAUUGUGACGGUGUACCACAGACAGAGGUGAUGUAACAGGUCAUUUGGAUGUUGAACGACUCUGGGUAACAAACUGCACGCUGACAUGGACGUUCGUCUAAUCCUCUGUUUCGUUUUAUACAUGCUCGAAAUUCGAGCAGAUGAAACGACUCUCGAAUCUAUAACAAGUCCUACUCCAGAGAUCAACACGAAUCCCUCGAAUACCGAAAUUUCGAAAGAAGAUGAAGAAACUACUUUACAAACAUUACAGACUGCAACAGAUACAAGUACUGAAACUACACAAAGUGUCAAAAGUUCGGAGGCAAAAGAAUCAAAAACUCCAAAUACUUCAAUUUCUGAAAACGAAGAAUCGUCGAAAGAAAAAGAAUUAGGAGCAAAUAAUAUUGAGCUCACAACGGAAGCUUCUGGACUUUCAGAAGUAGAAGAAUCAAAGAAUCCAUCUACAGAUUCUGUGUCUUCUGAAGAUUCCGUAAAGGAAAAUAAAGAUCCUGAAUCGACAGAAUCUACAUUGACUGAAUCUACAUUAGAAGUCACGGUAUCUGAAGAAAACUCAGAUACCGCAGUUUCCGAAAGUUCGGAUUCGAAACCAGAACCAUCAGAAUCCUCAAUGUCAUCGACUUCAGAAAAUCCAGUAACUUCUGAAUCUGAAGUAUUAGACUCUUCAGAAUCUUCAACAUCAGAAAGUUCAGAAACACCGGAAUCAACAUCUCCAAAAAGUAUAGAAAUGUCCGAAUCUUCAAUGGCACAAAAUCCAGAAACGACAACAAUUCCUGUAGAACUAGAAUCAUCAGAUUCUCCAAAGCCACAAGAUUCAACAAUUUCAGACAAUACAGGAACUUCGACACCAAAUGACAAAAAAACGACAGAAUCAUCGAUAUCUCAAGAUUCUGAAACUUCAGAAUUAUCUACAAUAUCUCAAGAUUCGGAGAGUACAAUGACUACACCGCCACAAACAACGAUUACAGAAAUGAAACAGACGACGACAACUCAAAAACCAGAUUCUAAAGAACCUGAACAAUCCGGAUCGGAACAAAAAUUGACACCGGUUAAACCUCCCGAAUUUAUGGACGAGGAAAAAUCACAGAAUCCAUCGUCAUCAUCGAAAAAAGAAGCAGAAACGACAGAUAAUAAUUUAGAUUCGUUCGAAAAUAAUACAGAUUGCUUCGAAGAUUGCAUUCUUACAGAUGAAAAUCCAGUUUGUGGUUCAGACGGAAACGUUUAUCAAAAUGAAUGCCAUCUGAAAGUGAAGACUUGUGGCAAAAAAAUUGAAGUUGCAAGUUGGGAGAAUUGCAGAGGGAAACACCCACUUUGUCCGGAUGAAUGCCUAAAUAUUCAAGACCCUGUUUGUGGAGAAGAUGGAAAGAUUUAUCCAAAUUUGUGUCUUUUGUAUAAGUUCAACUGCGGGAAAAAGAUGAAAACUUAUCAUUUAGUGAGAUGCUUCACAAAUUUCAGAGGUUUUCGUCGUGUGGAUAAUGCGUGUCCAAAAAUAUGUCCCGACUUAUAUCGUCCCGUUUGCGCUUCUAAUGGCAAAAUCUAUUCUAACGAAUGCUUUUUUCGAAUCGAGAAUUGCGGCAUUCGAGAAGUGCAGAUCGUGGAUAUGUCACAGUGCGUGACAACUCCUAAAUGCCCACAUUCUUGUACUCCUCUUCCAGAUCCGGUUUGCGGUUCCGACGGUGUGCUUUAUUUAAAUCAUUGUUAUUUUGCUAAUUUAAAUUGCGGAAAAAAGACAGAGAAGAUGCCGAGAAGCUUCUGCCAGCAGCAGCAUCAGCAACAACAAAAACAACAACAACAACUACAAUGAAAAUGAUGCGGUUCGAGUUCCUUAUAUUUCAGCUGAAUUUUAAAGUCGAAAAAGUCAGCGAAACUUCUUGACAUAAUUUAGGUUAAUAUUUGUAUUUUAUGCUGUUGUAAAUAAUCAGGAAAAUGGUAAUAAAUACGUCC